AUGGUGGUGCCGCCGCUGCUGCGCGCCGUCAUCAUGGGGCCGCCGGGCUCCGGGAAAGGCACCGUCUCCGCUCGGAUUAUCAAGCACUUUGGCGUGAAGCACCUCUCCAGCGGCGACCUGCUGAGAGACAACAUGCAGAAGAGGACAGAAGUGGGAAUCCUUGCCAAGUCCUACAUUGAUCAAGGGCAGCUUAUUCCAGAUGACAUCAUGACACAAUUAAUGCUGAAUGAGAUAAAAGGUCUAGACCAGUACAACUGGCUAUUGGAUGGUUUCCCCAGAACAGUUGCUCAGGCAGAAGCCCUCGAUAAAGAAUGUCACAUAGACACUGUGAUUGACCUAGACGUGCCAUUUGAGACCAUAAAGUGUCGGCUUACAGCACGCUGGAUCCACCCUGCCAGUGGUAGAGUUUACAACCUGGAAUUCAGUCCUCCCAAAGUGCAGGGCAUUGAUGACAUUACUGGUGAGCCGCUUGUUCAGCGCGACGACGACAAGCCCGAGACUGUCAGCAAGAGGCUGCAGGCUUAUGAUGCACAAACAAAACCUGUUCUAGAAUAUUACCGGAAAAAAGGGUUAUUGAAAUCCUUUUCUGGAACUGAAACCAAUAAGAUCUGGCCACAUAUCUAUGCUUUCCUUCAAACCAAGUUGCCAGAUGUGAGCCAGAAAGAUGCUGCCAAUCCCAGGUGAAAAUAAGUCAAACUUCUGCUCAUCUGUCAUAGCUCACUCCUGAUUACAUAAGAUUCCACAAUCAAGGAUCUGUCCAAGUAAUCUACCACACUCAUCAAUAAUUAAAGUCCAAUGCUGUCCUUAACUUACAUGAUGAUCAAAUUUUGUUGCCUGUGGUUAUCACUUUAAUGCUGUAUUUUUUAUAAUAAAUAUACCUAAUUCUAAAAAUACAGUAACUGUCUUUAACAAAAGCAGGUACUCUUGUGUCUCUUACUUGGAAAAUAUGGUUGCAGUACUGAUUGGUGAAGAAUUUCAGAAUACAGCUUAAUUAGAAGGUGCAUUGACCCAUUUAUUCAGUCAGUAAAUGAAGCAAGGGCAAGGACACAAAAGCACAUUUCUUGAACAUCUGCCUAGCUGGAGCUAGUCAGAAGCUAUGAAGAACAGUGAUCACUGGUCUGCAAAAAGCCAUUUCAGACCAGAGCUGGUGUGCAUGGAAAUUGAUCUUAUGGAAAAGUUAGCUUCUUGUUUGCUUGCACAGAUGUGAUGUGAUUUUUGCUCACCAUAAAUUACACUUAGUUCCAGGGCAAAUUAUCUAAGCAAGUAUUAUGUUUGUAUUUCUACCCUCAGAGCAACUAUUUUGCAGGCAUGGGAAAGGGAGUUUCAGUGAUGUGUAACACAUUUGGUAAAGCCUCUGUAUGACCCUGUAAAAUUUUAUCAGUAAAAAGACAGCAGAUACUGAGUAGAUUAAGCCUAAUCUGGUAAACAUGUAGCUAGAUGAUCUUGACUAGUGAAUAUCAAUACAAUCUUUGAAAACAAGUGCUCAGUGAUACCAGUGACAUGAUUUCCAGAGGUCAAAAUAGUAACUUUGGCAUAUUACUGUAGCAAUUUUUAUUGUAGCAACUGGACUGGUUUUCAUUAGAUUCUUGUCUCUGACCAGCUCUUGUGUUUAUUCCCUAGAAAACUGGAAAUAAAAACCUCCCCAGUCCACACUUUUUAACAGCCCAGGGAAUGCAGAUACUGCUGUUUUUCAGUGAUUACUCCCAGCCCUUUUUUUAAUGCUCAUCAGAGUGGGAGUUUCAAGAGUCAGCAAAAUCUGAGAAACAAACAACUCUGUCUAGGUAAUGUCAGAAGUAGCUGUGUCCUAGUAAUGCAGGUUCCAAUCUCCAUUAGCAGUGACUGUAAACAGCUACACAGCUGGGGUGUUGACAUACUUUGGACUGCAUCUGCACAUCCAGUUUUAGCAUUAUGGAGACACAUUUGAGUCUAAAAAGAGAUGGUCAUUGUAGAAUUUGUGAAUUCUGUAAAUGAACAAUUUAAGCAGCAGCUAUCACUACAGUGAGUUUUCCUUUAAUUUCAAGAAAGCUCGGCAAGAAGGUUGACGACUUAUACUGUCCUCUUGAGGAAAUGUCUAUAUAUUACAGCAAUAAACCCUGAAUAGCUGCUUGUAUUUUUACAUUUUGAUUUCAGUAAAAAACAGUGAGUUCUUUUUGUUUUUUCCAGCACACACAAAUUUCAGUGAGCCAGAAGGAGGAAGGGGAGGGAAUCUCAUUAUAUGACACUUAUUUCUGCACCAUCCAAUUUUAUCCCCUUGGAAACUAUUAAAAAAAAAAAAUCUACUGUGUAACAAACAGGUUGCUAGAUCAAUGGCUCUACUGCUAAUGGUAGCAGUUGCAAGUCGCAUUGCCCUCACUACCCUUGCAUGAAACAUUCAGUUAAAAAACAACCUAAAGUUACUUGUUUUUCUUUAAGUUUCUCUUAAUAAUUAACUAAUUAUUAAGGAGGAGGCAGUAUUUACUUAUCUUUUCCUGGACUAUGUCAAACUUAAGCAGAUGCAGUGGAAACUUGUAAUUUUAUCUCAAAUUUGCACGUGGGACAGAACUACUCCUUACUUUUAUCUUCAGUCUGUUCGCAAAAGAAGGCUAGAAAGCAGAAGUCAUAUGGAAAGCUACUUCUAUGUGGAUUUACUAUUGCUUUGGUACUAAUACUCUGGGGUAUAAUCUGCAGACUUAAAAGAUUUUUUCUGUAUCUUGGCUGUAGGCAAAACUGAAUAUUAGUGGAUUCUAUUUCACAGAAUCAUAGAAUCAUUAAAAGUUGGAAAAGACUUCCAAAAUCAUUGCAUUCAACCUCUGACUGUCCCCACCCUGGCAAAUAACUUACAGCAUUAGGUGCCAUGUCUAGUAAUUUCUUAAACAUUUCCCAGCAUAGUGACUCCAUCACCUCUACGGGCAGUCCACUCCAAUGCUUAAACAUUUCAGUGAAGAAAGUCCUCUUGAUUUCCAACCUGAGCCUCCCUUGGCACAUCUUGAGGGCAUUUCCUCUUGUCCUGUCACUUCUUAGCUGGGAGAAGAGGCCACCCCCCCCCGGCUCCACCUUCCUUUCAGGGAGUUGUAGAGAGUGAUAAUGUACCCCUACUAAGCCUCCUUUUCUCCAGCCUGAACAUCCCAAAUCUCCCCCUGCUGCUCCUCAUAGAACUUAUGUUCCAGAGCCUUCAGCAGCUUUAUUGCCCUCUGGACAUGCUCCAGUACCUCAGUGGCCUUCUUGUAGUGUGGGGCCCAGAACUGGAGACCAGAUUGGAGGUGUGGCCUCACCAACACACAGUACAAGGAGACAGUCACUGCCCUGGUCCUGCUGCCCACACUAUUGCUGCAACAGCCCAGGAUGCCAUUGGCCUUCUUGGCCACCUGGGCACUGCUGGCUCAUGUUCAGCUGCUGUCCCCAGCACCCCCAGGUCCUUUUCCUGUGGGCAGCUUUGCAGCCACUCUGCCCCAGCCUGUGGUUACUUUGCCUGAACUAAAAACUGGAGGUAGCCUAUGACAACUGAACUUUUCAAAUUUAUAUGUCUUACAUACAAUCAGAACAAUUCAGUAAGAGAUGGAGAGUGUGUACUGAUACCAUUAUCUGAGGCACAAGAUGUCUUUGUUAGUCUUCCAAUUGCAGUGUUCAUUUUUAUAGACAGACCUGCUGUAAUAGCAGCAAGUUAGAAAAGCACAGCAAGAGUUUUGGAGUGCAAAGGUCUGUGGAAGACCUUGUCUCAAAAAUAUAUUUGGAUUUCUUAAAUAAGAUGCUUUUCAUGGUUUUCCACUUAAUGUUUGAGUUGACAGUGUCAUAAACCCACUUUGGUUGAAUAGCAUAUGAAGUACCUUUCAAACACUAUGUGACACCUCAACCUAUAUGACCUGUAACAAAGCUUUUUGUUUUAACUAAGGUCUUAGCUUAACCUUUUACAAGUUCCCUUCAUCAACUACUUCCACCAUAACAAGACUUUGUUUUAAAACAAUAUUUUGAAUAACACUGAUGAACAACAAGAGAAUAUGACUCCCAGAAAUCGUACAACCCAGCACUCAUUUGUAGACAAGUGUUGCUUAUGUCUCAGGAUUAAACCAAGUUGCGUUUAAUGAAAGUACAAUAUAACAUUAAAAUCCCCUUAGUGGAGGUAGAAAGCCAGUGUUUUAAUCUAAUCCAUUCAGAUCAGAAAUACUGAUACCAGAUACUGAUUUAUUGCUAUUAGUGAUAACCAAAUUUGAGAGCUUAUACUGUCAGCAAGGUAGCAUGAAUACAGCUGCAAUCUCCAAUAUUCAGAGUAAAACAUAUCCACAUCUGUAGUAAGACAAUAGCAGAUUCUACCAAGAAUCUGCUGCUUCUUGUAAACAUUGUAUUUGUGCAGAUGUUUAAUUUCUAAAGUCAUGAAAGGCAAGGUUAAUAGCAGAAAACACAUCCAGUUUCACAUUCGGCAAUAUAAGAACCCUGCUCUUCAACGACAACUGAAAACCUAGCAGCACAUUUCAAACAAUAUUACAAGUUUUUUCUUAAUUACCCACCCUUCAAAGUCCCUCCCCCGCGGUCAAACAAAAAAACAACAAAAAUCUGACACGAAAAAUAAAGUGCAGUACCCAGAAAAAUAAGUGUCAAGAAAAUAGCAAUGUUUGUUUCUUUGGGGAAAAAAAAAAAAGGGGGGGGGGAAAUAAGAGAGUACUUGGCCUCAGUCUUAAAAGUACUAUAAUGUGUCCAUCAUCUUGGAUUCUUCUUCAUCUCUUUGUAUCACAGAGUUGAAACUGCAGACAUCUGUGUUUAUGGAACCUUGUAGAUCUCCUGUGCUCUGCAA